CGCCCUCCUCGUCUGUUUUUAAAUUUUCUUGAAAGAGGCGCAAUGAGCUUUAUUUUUACGUUUUUCAGGAGUAUUUUAGAUAGAAUUCUUAAUAUGUUUAGUUCAGGAACGCAGAGUAUUAAAAAUACUCUCAACAUCUACAUAAAAACCAACACAGGCAAGUCCGUCAACGUCGAUUUAGACCCAAAAAUGGACAUAAAAAAUGUGAAAGAGCUAGUCGCACCGAAAUUGGGCAUGCAACCACAAGAAGUCAAAAUCAUUUUUGCGGGCAAAGAGCUGCUUGACACGACAAUCAUUGCAGACUGCGACUUGGGAGACCAGAGCAUCCUUCAUGCUGUCAGAUCUAAACCUAUUGGAAUUCUGUCGAUGUCGUCAGCUGGCAGCCCAUCAGAAGGGUCUAUGCCUAUGUGCGAAACUCUAGUUGAUUUGCAGCUAACCCUCCAAGAGAGAGAAGAUAACAAGACUGUGAACGAGAAAAACAAGGCUCAUUUUUACGUAUAUUGUGGAUCGUCGUGUCAUGGCAUGAAAGCUGGGAAAUUGAGAGUGAGAUGUGGCCACUGCAAAAGUGGUGCCGUCACAGUGGCCAGAGAUCCUUGCUGCUGGGAAGAUGUUCUCACGCCCGAUCGAGUCGAGGGCCACUGCGAGUCACCGCAGUGCAAUGGCCAACUUAGGUUUUGUCAGUUCUACUUCCGAUGUGCUGAUCAUAUUUCACAAGGAGAAGAGGAUGAGGCUGUGGCUUUAUAUUUGAUAAAAAGUAAUAUCAAGGAAGUUCCCUGCUUGGCCUGCACUGACGUCAGCAACACCGUUCUUGUGUUCCCGUGCAGCGAAGGACAUGUAACUUGUCUUGACUGUUUUCGGCAGUACUGCAGUUCCCGUUUGCGAGAGAGGCGCUUCCACAGUGACCAAAGGCUGGGCUACACACUUCCCUGUCCAGCAGGAUGUGAUAAUUCGUUUAUUGAAGAAACGCAUCAUUUCAGACUUCUUAGUGAGGAUGAGUAUGCGCAAUACCAGCGUUUUGGUGCUGAGGAGUUUGUCCUUCAAGCCGGAGGUGUUCUGUGCCCGCAACCUGGCUGUGGGAUGGGAAUCUUGGUUGAUGGAGGCUGCACCAAAGUUGCUUGUGUCAAUGGAUGUGGGUUUGUGUUCUGCAAAAAUUGUCUGCAAGGGUACCACAUUGGCGAAUGCCAAGACGUGGAAAUUGGCGCAACAGCCCUUGAGCAGCCCAGUUACAGUGUUGACCCUGGCAGAGCAGCUCAGGCUCGAUGGGAUGAAGCAAGCAAGGUGGCGAUCAAGGUUACAACUAAGCCAUGUCCCAAAUGCAGAACUCCAACAGAAAGAGAUGGAGGCUGUAUGCACAUGAUUUGCACAAGACCUCAGUGCGGAUUCCACUGGUGCUGGGUGUGCCAAACCCCUUGGUCACGGGACUGCAUGGGAAGCCACUGGUUCGGCUGAUAACUUUUUUAUUUUAGAUUUUUAAAUGUAACUCAGCUGUUAUAAUUAUUGUGAUGGUUUUGAAUACUUUAAUAAUGAUUGUUAUAUCAUUCUGAUGAGAUCAGCUUCAAUAAAAUAUUGUGAAUUUAAUAUA